GUACAGAGCAGCCGUCGAAGGAGAACGUCCUCGGAUGGCCUCUGGCCAAGGGUGGAAUCAAAGCCGUGGAAGAUUAUCACAACCGUGUCACGAGCAUUGCUGUUGCCAUCCUAAGUGAAUGCCAUGAGCUCUUUGGGAAGCGGCUGCCUGACCAGGGAGCGAUAGACCACCAAAGCCUGGAGGAGCAGAAGCGUCAGCUCAACUUCGAGCUCAAUAGCUCUGGGAAAUAUUUUGCUUUUAAGGAACAGCUAAAGUACGCUGUAGUGAACAUUGUGAGGGAGAAAUACCUGAAAACCACGGCGUUUGAGACCCAGGAGCAGCUCCAGGCGUUUCUCAGUGAGCUCUACGUGUACCUCGUGGACCAGAUGCAUGUUGCUCUGAACCAGCUACUCUCCAAGGAAGCUGCUUCUCCUGCCCCUCCGUCCCGCAUGACCGAGGAGCAGCUCUGGCUCUUUGCUCACGAAGCUGAAGUCAACAAGGACUACAAGCUGGCAUCUCUCUACCACCAGCAGAGGUUAGCUCAGGACCAGCACAACAUCCAGUACUGGCUGGACUACGGGGCAUUCUGCCUCCUGCUCGAGGAAACAACCAAAGCCCAGGAGUGCUUCCAGCAGGCUCUUUCUCUGGACCCCCAUCACGUCCAAAGCUUGCUGCUCUGUGGGAUUGUGGCCGUCGUUCUGCAGCGCUACGAAGAGGCAGAGGUUUUUUUUGAGGAUGCCUGCUGCUUGGAGCCAUCCAGCAUCAUCGCCUGGACGCUUUCAGGUUUGUUUUAUGAGCUGCAGAAUAAUAAUAUUCAGGCAGAAAUGGCUUUCCGUGAGGCGAAGAAGCUACUGCGAGCACAGCUUGCCGAGGAGAGGAGCAUCCCUGAGGCUGCUGGGGAAGAAGAAGGAAGAAAGCCUGUUUCUGCUGCAUGUGCGAGGUCUCCCAGCCCAGGCCCAGAAGAGGUUCCAGAUGGCUCAGCCAAAAGGGUGCCGGAGGUGGUGGAGCCUGCCCUGGCCUGUGCAGCACCUGAGGAAGAGGCUGCUGCACCGGAGACAGCCCCAAAAGCACCGUCCCCUGUUUCAGGAGUUAGCCAACCUCCCUGCACAAUCUUCAUGAAGACAGUGGAAUUCCUGAUGAAAGUCAAUGCCGUCCAGUUUGUUCACAUGGCACUUGCCCACGAGCUGCUGAGCCUUCCGGGAGGUCCCUCCUGUGCGUACUACCUGGCGCUGGCCCGGACUCACUUGCUGAAGGAAGAUUUCUCCAAAUGCGAAGAAUAUCUCUGCGAGGCCGCCAGGAUCGACUACAUGAAUCCAAACGUCUGGGCUCAGAAAGGGCACCUGUGCUACCUGAAGAGAGACUUUGGCGAGGCAAAGGAGUGCUACGAGCGAACCAUCAGCUUUGUGGAGGAUGCUGCAGACAUGCACUUUGUCUACCUGCGCCUGGGCUCCAUCUACCUGGAAGAGAAAGAGUACGGGCGGGCGAAGCAGACCUACCUGCUCGCCUGCGAGAACUCCGCGUCCUGUCUCACCUGGCUGGGGGUGGGGAUCGCCUGCUACAGGCUGGAAGAGAUGGUGGAAGCAGAGGAUGCUCUCUCGGAAGCCAACGCCCUGAACAACACCAACGCUGAAGUGUGGGGAUAUCUCACCCUCAUCUGCCUGCAA